CUGUAUCUCGGUCAUCGUCCCCGCGUGGCUUUCUCUAUACCACUUUGUGUGCCGUUUCGCCUGUUUUGUGUCGAGGACAAUUCAGAUCGAGUGGAGUACUACCUUCCUUCAUCAUGAGCAAAGAAGAGAAACCAGACACCGUCACCGCGGCACCGCCGAGUGUGCGCGAAGAGAAUCUGGAGGCCGAGAAGCAGAUACGUGAUAUUGGCGCAGAUCUGUACCUUGAAGUUCAGCAAUAUUCGCGCGAGGAAUUGGAAGCAGAGAGCAAAAUUGUGUUGAGGAAGAUCGAUCGGGUUAUAAUGCCUAUAAUAUGCAUGACAUAUUGCAUCCAAUUCCUCGACAAACUAUCUCUCAACUAUGCGUCCGCAUACUCCCUCAUCCCCGAUCUCGGCCUCGAGGGUCAGCGAUAUAGUUGGACUGCAGCUAUAUUCAAUUUCGGAUACUUGACAUGGGCCCUUCCAGCCAACUACUUGAUCCAGAGAUUGCCGGUUUCGAAGUAUACAGGCGGAAUGAUCCUGACUUGGAGUAUCCUCCUCUGCUGUCACGUCGCCGCUAAGAACUAUGCCGGGAUAUUGGUCCUACGAUUCCUGCUCGGCUGCUUCGAAGCCUCAAUUUCCCCCGCCAUCAUGAUGAUCGUCAGCAUGUUCUACACCCGCGAAGAACAGCCCCUCCGAAUGUGCAUCUUCCUCGCCUUCAACGGCGCCGCCACAAUGCUCGGAGCCCUGCUCGGAUACGGCCUCGGCCACGCCCACAACCCGCACAUCAAAACCUGGCAACUCAUCUUCCUAGUCAUCGGCCUCAUCAACUUCGUCUGGGCCUGGAUCUUCCUCUACAUCAUGCCCGACUCUCCCUCCAACGCCCGGUUUCUAACCCACAAACAACGCCUCGUAGCAAUCUCCCGCAUCUCCGCCAACAACAUCGGCGUCAAAACCACAGUCUUCCGCCCCGCCCAAGCCCUCGAGGCCCUCAUCGACCCAAAAGUCCACAUGCUCGCCCUCAUCGGACUAGGCUGCGGCGUCGUCAACGGCGGUGUAUCAAACUUCGCAUCCUCGCUCAUCAAAGGCUUCGGCUUCUCCGGAAUCACAGCAACACUCCUCCAACUCCCCACCGGCGCCUUCGAGCUCGUCCUUGUCCCGCUCGCCGGCCUCGCAGCCGGAUACUUCCGCAACUCGCGUUGUGCGGUCCUAGCCAUCAUCUGUCUCCCUCCGCUCGCGGGGCUCAUAGGAAUCCGGCUCACGCCCCUCACGCACCGCUGGAGUCUCGUAGGCUGCACUUGGCUGCAAUAUCUCAUCGGCGGUCCCGUGAUUCUCUGCUGGAACCUCCUCACUACCAAUAUCGCGGGCCACACGAAACGCAGCACCGCCAACGGUCUGUGGUUUCUCUUCUACGCAGCGGGGAAUAUCGCGGGUGCGAAUAUCUUCUUUGCAAGGGAGGCGCCGAGGUACUUUUCGGCGUUGACGGGGCUGAUCGUUUGUUAUGUGGGGAUGGUUGUCCUUGCGGCGGGGCUGGCGGCGUAUAUGGGGUGGGAGAAUAGAAGGAGAGAUGGGAAGUUUGGAGCGGGGGAGGUGGGGGAGGCGGAGAGGGAUGGGUUUGGGGAUAAAACGGAUUGGGAGGGGAGGUUCUUUAGGUAUGCGCUUUGA